GUAGAGAGAGGAUUUGCCAGCUUGAGCUCGGCUAAUACUUCUGAGUCCCCUUUGCAGUCCCUUUAACUCGCCCACAGCCAUACAAAUGGCCAAGGAGCAUGUGGAACGGGACUAUGCUGUGGUGGGCAGCUGGGAGGAUACGAACAUAACAUUGACCGUCUUUGAGCGCUAUAUACCACGUUUCUUUACCGGUGCCAAGCUGAUGUAUGAGAUGCAUAAUAACAAGAUCACAAAUCGGAAUAAGAACAAGCGCAAGCCAUACAUUGAGCCAGAGGUCAAAGAGAUGAUAAGACGUAAUUUCACAUAUGAAUAUGAGUUUUAUCAUUUCUGCAAGCAGAGGUUGUACAAACAGUAUUUGGCACUCAACUUGCGUGAGCUGGAAAAGCACGGACUGUUGAAUUAGUUUCGACUAGGACUCUAUAUGCAUUAGCUAAAUACUUUAGUAGAAACAAGAAAAUACAAAUAAUACUCGCAAACCUCUCUUUCUCUGUGUGCCCAUUUUGUGUCUAAUUCCAUUGUGUUGUGUCUCCUGCACGUUCUCCUCCUAAUCCUUCCACUCCCAA